AUGGACGUGGAAGGUCCUUGUGUUGGGAAUCAGUAUGCGGUGUUUUCGGAGGUAGAGGGAGCGUCGAGGGUGGUCUUGGUGGAGGCUUGCCUGAAGCGUAGCGAUUUCACGGACUCAACCGAGCUGGCCCAUCGAGUAGCCGAGCUCAAGCAGGUGCUCGAAGCAAGCCUGGUGGCCAAGGCCAGAGCCGGCGCCAUUUCCCUUCAAGCCCAGCCCUAUCACGUCGUACUCGAGUCUCCCUUCUCCGAGCUCUUCGAGUACGUGAGGUUGAACAUGCGAGUGGGCAAUUCAACUGCGUGCACGAAGCUUACCGGUGAAGAGAAGUUCGACGUGUCGCUGUUUAAGCUGUACGAUGCCGACGAAGAGCUGUCGCCUGACAUCGGAGACGACGAGGAGAGUAGCGGGGUGCCCUACAAAUCUCUUCUUCUACCAUCCAGGGGUCUCCACAAGCUGUGGGAGAACCUCAUCUUUGAAGCUCCGGUCAAAGACGAGCUUCUAGACUACGUAGAGACUGGAAUGACCUUCGCCGAGGCCAACAUAUCGCCGCAGAUCAUCUCCUGGAACCGCAUGAUCCUCUUCUACGGACCACCUGGAACGGGAAAGACCAGCAUCAGUAAGGCUCUCGCGCAUAAGCUUGCCAUUCGCCUCUCGGACCGAUUCGAGUACGGUCAGCUGGUCGAGAUCAACGCCCACUCUCUGAUGAGCAAAUUCUUCUCUGAGAGUGGUAAGCUGGUGUCCGGCGUGUUCGGCAAGAUCAGAGAGCUCUUGGAAGAACGCAACUCGUUCGUGGUCGUGCUGAUCGACGAAGUCGAAAGCCUGUCAGCAGCACGAAAGGCCGCAAUGCACGGAAGCGAGCCUUCGGAUGCAAUCAGGGUGGUCAACGCACUCCUUACGCAGCUUGACACUCUCCAGAGCUACAGCAACGUGCUCGUGCUUGCCACAUCCAACCUGACCGCUGCCAUCGACGACGCCUUCAUGGAUCGCGCCGACCUGAAGCUGUAUGUCGGUCUCCCAUCCGCUUCAGCUUGCUACGAGAUUCUACGUGGCGCCGUUGAGGAGCUGAUGCGCGUCGGCAUUGUCGCCCCGAGGCAAUGCCUCCUCACGCACCAGUCCAUCCUUUUGCUUGGCAAGGACCAGAGCACGCUCAACUGUCUGAGCGUUCGCCUGCUCGAGGUGGCGUAUCUCUGCCAAGGCUUCAGCGGCCGCGUCCUUCGAAAGCUGCCCUUCCUUGCCCAUGCGCUGUUCGUGAGGGAGAAACGCAUCUCGGCGGGCGAGUACGUAAGCGCGCUGAAGCUCGCGGCCGAAAGGACAAGCACGCAAACUCUCCAAAUGCAGAACCAGUAA